CAAAUCAAAUCAAAGAUCAACGAAUAUGAAAACGAUGUCAAAGAAUCUUUUCACGGGUCUUAUGACGCGGAAGGGCACGGCCACGGUUCAUCCGAGAAAUUACAUCUUUCAGAAGAGUUUCAAGGCACGCCAAGUGCUGAUGGCCAAGGCUAAGACGAAUGGGGCACCAGAGCCAGAGACCUUGGAGGACCAGACCCCGAAUCAAACGCAGCCGGAGAGCGCUUGUCCGGAAAUGAAGACAACAGGAGCAACUGCUUUGCCCUUGGCUGAGAAUACACGCAAGACAGUUUCCCUUAAGGAAAGCUUUUCCGAUCAGAGAGAGAGGUGGAUGGCCAGGACCAAGGAGAUCGAGCGCAAGGCCAUGCUGGCAGCCAAAGAAAGUCCUUCCAAGGCUACAAGGAACAAAUGGUCGACUCCCGGCAAAUACGACUGGCAGCAGCAGCUGUCGCCGCAAAAGAAGCCAAAUGGCGAUAAUGAGAUCAUCUCCCCAGCGGAAGGCCAACGCAUGUUCCGGACGAAUCGCGUGCACGGCUCACAGAUGCAGAAGCAGAAACAGACACGGUUCCUUGAGGAACCGAGUGGCAGGCAGCACGCCAGAAGGGACACAGGAUACAGCAGAUAUCCAGAAUGGGGUCCAGAGCUUCAGCAGCAGCAGCCCCUGCAGAGCUCGAGGACCCGAAGAUGAAGUCGCCCGAGCGUUUGGCUUACCUGAAAGCCAUCCAAAAGCUGAACAGUUACCACGCUUUCGACUCGGAGCCCGGGCGGGUGGGCCUUGGAGGAGAAGCGUUUCCGAUCCGACAACAACAACAACAGCAAUCAGGCGCAGCAGCAACAACCGGCAGCUGCCUAAGUAGAAGUCACUCCACCAUCCGAGGCAUCCGAGGACUCGGGCGUCAGUUGGGAUGAGCUGAGCUCAGUGCCGCCGUGUCCGAUUCCUCUCGCCGCAAUAUCAACAAUAGCAAC